CAAUGACCAUCGAAUAGGAAUUGCUUCCUGCGCGACCUCAAAGUGGUGCAGCAGCUCAUGAUCGAAUAGGAGCCUCUUUUCCCCGCCAGUAUUCGUUGUCCCCAUCAUAUUCGUUCAAUUCGUUUGUUGCAUCUCGUGGUCGAUAAAGGGAUGUGGCAGAAGUCAAAGUCGGAGAUUGUGCAGAACUUCGUGGAGAAGUUGGGCGCACAGUGGGAGUUCAACGUUGUCUCAACCCCAUUCGUUCCUCCUCCGCAUUCGUCUGGACUUGUGACCAAGAAGAGGUCAUUUCUGAAUCGGGAUAUCAGACGUUUCUUGCUCCUGUCCCGCAAUCGGACUCUCAGGGCUGCGUUACAUGUUGACUUGGAUGGUAUAUGAUUCAGUGCGCCCUGCAUAUAGCAAAUCACAAGCGGAUCCUUUCGAGUGAGCCUCCAGAUCUUGGGCUGGUUGACUGCAGAAGGGAUUGGAGCAGAGGCAGUUGACAUGGCCGGAAAGAGGAAAAGAAAGCGAACUGGGCAUGCUGAUGAAGGGGAGAAGCGUCAGAAGGUUGCUGGUGGCUUCAAUGGCAAUGAUCCGAUCGUCAAGCACGCUUUGCUCCAUCAAUAUUAUCCUGAAGUCACCUCGUUACGCGAGUACCUGCUUGCACGACUCCCAUUAGCUUCCAAGAUACGCAGAAGAAAGAUUCUCUCUCUUGGACGCAAGCCAGAGGAUAAGGAGACCGAUCAGAACAUCUCUCGCUUCUUGGACCGCACUUUGGUAGGAGUAUAUCAAAAUGGCGAUUUUUCUCAAGAUGAAAGGUGGCGGCAAUGGACAACAUUCUCUCAGAAGCCUGACGAGUCAACUUCAUUUGCAAACUUGAGUACUGCAGGAGUUUACUCACAAUCAGAGAUCAUCGACUUUAGCAUUUGGUUGAUGUUUUCCAAGACUCAAAAGUUCAAUGGAAGAGUUCAACAUCUACUGUGUCAGGGCUUUCAGAAAGAUGCCACUGCGCGCCAUAUGAAUCGAGAAGAGCAUGCAACAUCAGCAAUUCCUGGAAUCGUUUCGACUUACCCCAAUGUCCACGUGACAUCCAUGAAAGCUUGGCCAUGGCCCCAAUUUCUGGCGCUAUUUGGAAGGCAAGGAGAGAAGAUGAUGAUUGAUUUGAUACUGGAUUGUGGCAUCUUUGUACCUGUUGAGAACGCUCACGGGUCAUACUACCAACUCAGUGGUCAGCCCUUGAGUGAAAUCCAAAUGAUUGGCCAAAGACCACACGCGAGGUCAAUGGCAAAAAAGAACGCAGAUGACAAACACGAAGCCAGAGCUCCUUCUAGCAUCAACUUUGUCCGAAGUCGUAUGAUGUAUGCUCGAGCAUCGACAAAUGUCCAAGGUGAAGUUCACUUUGGAUUCAAGCACAAUCAUUUGCUCAACCGAUGGCCGCUAAAAGCAAAGCUGCUCAGGAACAGGGACGAAGAAGCUCAAGGUGCCGCGCACGAGCGCAGUACUGUACAAGUCUUGAUGUACAUGUUCCCACGACAAUUCGGGCUUCAUAAUGUUUUCGUAAAUGAGAUCGAUUUGUGGCAGGCCAUGCAGCCUUUCAAGGACUACACUCUUCGAGACGAGGAGAUUAUCACCAGAUUUCCAGGAAUUCCAAUGCCAAAGAUCCCGAGGAGAUUGCGUGGAGCAGCAGUUUGUCUGGCACGUAAGCUACAGAUCAAUCACCAUAGAUGUUCAUAUAAGAUGUUACUUGAUCACUAUUGCCCGAUACCUGGACAAACAUCAAGACAUGUCUCUUCGGAGACCUCACAAUGUACAAAUGGAUCAACGAAACUCGGAACACAAACGUCACUUACCUCGAAUGGCUCAAAAUUGCAUACUCAAGCAAUCAUUCCUGCACGGAAACCUUCGAUGAUGGACUAUGCCACACCAACUGCGAUGGUUUCUGCGUUCUGUCGAGCAGUUCUUCGUAACCUGGUGCCUUUAGACUUCUGGGGAACUGGUCUCGUCGCAAAAGAGAACAGAAGGAUCAUAGAUCAGCAUAUCAAUACUUUUGUAGAGCUUCAAAGGUUUGCAAGCUUCUCAGUGCACCACGUAUCUCAAGGAUUGAAGAGAUAGAAUGGCUUGGACCUAUCAAUGCAACGGGUGCGCAUUCUGACACCAAGAAACGAUGGGAGAUUUUUCGUGAAUUUCUGUACUACUUGUUCGACUCGUUGCUGAUCCCCCUGAUCC